AAAAAAAAACGUACAAAAUUUUAUAGAAACAUACCGCCAAUUACAAAUGUUAAAAGCUACCGCGUAUUUUCGUUGUUUCCUAAAUUUGUUAAUAGUUUUUGUUUAAAUUAUUUAUUACUUUGAUAUUAAACCGGAAUAGUUUCUCAGGCAUCGCAACAAAAAUAACAACAACAACAAUAAGACAACAAUAAUCAUAAUAACAACAGGAACUACAAUUGCAGCGACAACAAUAACAACAGCAGCUACACAAAACAAAUGAAAUACAUGCAAGGAAAAAGACAAGGACAGAACAAGUAAAAUAAUCAAGAGGAAAGACAAGGCCCAAAAGCACAGUUUCCAACAGUGAUAUCAAAGAAUAACAAAACAUACUGGGAGACGAUUGUCUUUACCAACCACAUUAACUGUUUCAACUGUGAGAAGAAGAAGAACAGAAUUAGCUGCAGGAUAGGAAGAGCAGCACAAACUAAUUAUGGAUCACUACGACAUGGAGGACGUUGUUGUUGCACCGCCACCAGAACUUGAUGGCAGUUCAAGGCUCAAGGAAUGGCGCCUGAAACUGCAGGCAGGCACAUUGGCACGCACCGACUUCGUCGACUUCUUCAGAAAGCAGUCGCCUAAAUUUUUUCAGUGUCAAAACGAAUCCGAAACAGACACAAAUGCACCAACUUGCAUGAGUGAUCCUAGUAAGCAGGAGGAACCACACUCCUCGAGCGAGGAUUUGUUGUGGAAUUCAGAUCUCAUGCUUUUUAACGAGCUGCUCAGAAGACGCACAAAGAACGUGAACAUAUUGCAAGAGAUCAAGCGCUUGCAGGAGACCAAACAAGGUGUAACUCACGGUUCGCUGAAGUGCAUGUUCAAGGAGAACCUGGCCAAGGAGGAGAUUAUUGAUGUGCUGGUCGAGUUCAUAUUGGGCGACAAUCCGACGACAGCUCUGGAGAAGCUUCGUCUCGAAGGCAACACGGCCACGGUUUGCGGCAAGGUAUUCAAGAAUGGCGAGCCCACCUACAGCUGCCGGGAGUGCGGCGUUGAUCCCACUUGCGUGCUGUGCGUUAAUUGCUUCAAGCGAUCCGCGCAUCGCUUCCACAAGUAUAAAAUGUCCACAUCGGGUGGAGGUGGCUGCUGUGACUGUGGCGAUGAUGAGGCCUGGAAACGGGAUCAGUACUGCGAGAUGCAUUUGGCCAAUCGGAAGAAUCCCCUCGAAAGCAAAGUGAUUACAGAUACUGUUCUGGAGCGCUGCGAAAUUUGCUUCGGUGCCAUAUUGGCGUUCUGCGUCAACUAUCUGGAGAUUGAGCCGAACGCGAGUCUGCAAUGUCUCGAAGGGGAGGUGGAUGGCGAGCAUUUUUGCACAGUGCUCUAUAAUGAUGAGUCACACACCUUCGAUCAGGUCAUACAGACGCUGACAAAGAUCGCGAAGUGCAGGCACAAGGAUGCGAUGGAAAUAGUUGCGGCCAUUGAUCGCGAGGGUCGCGCCGUUGUCAAAUGUGAUACGUUUAAAGAGUGCAACGACCUCAAGGUAGCCAUCGAGAAUCAAAUGAUCCCGCUUAGCGGUCUCCUGGCCAACUCUCGCACUAGUCAAUCGUUGCGCACCUCGGUGCUGCAUAUUAAUUCGAUAGCCUGCCAGCAAUUUGCUCUGCAGCUGCUCACCUGGUUUCAGGAGUUCCUCGUGCGUCACUACCUCUUCAGGAAGACGUUCUCCACGCUGGUACAGGACAAGAACGAGACCUUCUGCAUCCGGCACAUACUCGAGUACGACGUUAAGCUAUGGAAAACGGCCCGAACCUGUUGGCACCGUCUGCUCAUUUCCGGCAUGCUGAUGGAGUAUGAAAAUAAGAUGGUGUUGGCGCAAGAAUUCUCGCGUCGCUACGCCACCAUUGUCGAGGACUUUAUUAGCGAUGAUCACGAUCACAGCUUCUCUGUCGUCUCAUUGAGCGUACAACUGUUUACGGUGCCCAGCAUUGCGCAUCAUCUGAUCGCCCAGGAGGGCAUCUUCUUCAAACUGUUGCAUACAUUUUAUCACGUGGCCAUCGAGAAAUUCAUACACAAUCGCACGCUGCAUUUCUCAAAGAAUAUCGCAAACAUGGCGUACUUCAAACGCGCCAACUAUAUUCUCUACGAUCUACGCUACCUGCUCAGUUUUAAGCCCGAUAAGCUAAGCAACGAUCUGCGCAAUGGCUUCCUCGAAGGCUGUAAGGCGUUAAUGCGUGUGCUGUCCGUUAUGCAAGGCAUGGAAUCGAUCACACGCCAGACGGGUCAGCACAUGGACUACGAACCGGAAUGGGAAUGCGCCUUCAAUCUCCACAUCAAGCUUGCCACAACAAUAUCUCAGGUCAUCGAAUGGGCGGCCAGUGAUGCCAAGCUCUUGAAAAAGCUGUACAAGAAGACGGUGCGAAAUUUGGUGAAUAGUACCUUCAUCGUUGGCAGCGAAAAGGAGGAGGCGAAGACAGUUGCUGGCCACGUGGCCAACUGCCUGAUGUACGAUGUUUCGGUGCGACCGGUCUCCAUUCAUCUGCCGCUGUCUCGCUUCUACGCAGGCAUAUACCUACAUCUGGGUAAUCAUGAUAUGACUUACGACUCCAUGGCAGCCGAGGAUGAUAGCUUUCAGCUAACGCCGCAGGAGAUCAUCGAGCCGGUGCUGUGCACACAGGCGAUGAUCGCCCAGGUGGCGGCAGGAAUGUGGCGUCGCAAUGGAUACUCACUGCUGCAUCAGCUCUACUUCUAUCGCAAUGUGCGGUGCCGUGUGGAGAUGCUCGAUCGUGAUAUUGUCUGCCUGCAGAUCGGCGCGUCGCUUAUGGAGAGUAACGAGUUCCUCAUUCACAUGCUCAACAAAUUCAACAUGGUGCCAUGGGCUCUAUCGAAUUAUGAGGCGGUGCUCGCCGAAGGGCCCAUCGAUGAGGAGUUCAUGCGUCAGCUGUCGAUGAUCGAUGAAUUCCUAGAGCUCUUGAUAGUGAUCAUUGGCGAGCGUUGGAUGCCGGGCGUCUCGCUCGUCACUGAAGGAGAUCGUCUGCGUAAAGAGAUCAUUCAGUUGCUGUGCAUCAAAUCAUAUUCCCACUCGGAGCUGAGUCGUUCCCUGCCCGACAAUAAUGGCAAUAGCGACAGCAUACUUGAAGAUGUCAUCAAUACGGUGGCCGUUUUCAAAAAGCCCGCCAGCGUCGAGAGCAAGGGAGUUUACGAGCUGAAAGAGCACUUGUAUGACGAAUUCAACGUCUAUUUCUAUCACUACACAAAGGAGGACAAAUCUAAGGCCGAGGAGAUGCAGCGCGAGCGCCGUAAGGCCAAGAAGCAGUUGGUUUGCUGCCCACCGCCCAUGUUGCCUCAAUUGACACCAGCUUUUAAAUCUAUGGCCAACAUUCUACAGUGCAAUGUGUUCUUAGCCAUUUGCACGUUAGUUAUGCGUCGCGCUAUUAAUCCGCACAGUCGCUCCUUCGCUGAGAGCCAUCUCCAGAAGGUGCUGCAUCUAUUGGGCUUUGCUAUUCAGGAGGAGCUCACAGAACACUAUCCCUUCCUAACAUUCUACGAGCGUUCUGUACAGUUCGGCAUUUUGGACAAAUUGGAGGAGCUGUUACGUUGCCAGCGGCUGGAAUCACACCGUGACUUUGUGCUGUGGACGAUUAAGCGCUAUAAGGAGUUGCAGGCAAAGCAAGCGCCCUUGGCAGCUGCCGAUUCGCAAGAGCCGCUACAAGGAGAAGAGCCGCCUUUGUCUUCCGAGGAGCAAGCGCGUCUGGAGAAGGAGACGCGUGCCCGCUUGGCUGCCGAGCGACGGGCCAAGAUUAUGGCGCAGAUGCAGAGUGCGCGGAAUUCGUUCAUGAAGUCCAAUGCGGACAUGUUUGCGAGUGAAAAGGCAUCCUCAUCGGAUGGCAAGCGCACCGAGAGUGGCAACGAUAUGGACUGGGAGGAGGCUGAAGAGGGCGCCAUUGGUAAUACGCCAAGCAAAACAAAGUCCUGUCUAGGCAGUGAACGAACUGCCUAUCAGCCUGGCGAAAAUUCGUUUAAGUGCAUACUUUGUUUUGAGGAUUGCAGCAUCACUACAAAAGGUCCACCGCUUGUCAGCUCUGCCUUCCUGCAGACCUCGCGAGUUAUCUACACGCCGCUGAAGGAUGAAGGCAAAAAAUCGGCUCUGCACGUCAGCUGCUGCGGUCACGUUAUGCACUACAACUGCUGGCAGGAGUAUUAUAGCAAUGAAGAGUCAAAGGAACAGCGACGCCCGCAUCGUAGUCGCAUGCCCUUCGGUCAGAGUCCGUUCGUUGAGUUCCAUUGCCCCUAUUGUCGCACUUUGAGCAACACGGUCCUGCCCGUAAGCGAGGCAUUGCCCCAAUUCUCACCCGCUCCCGCACCACCGGCAAAUGGAGAGCAGAGCAUGCUGCCUCUGGACUGUUUUUUGGAGAUAAUGCGCACUUUGUCCGUCGAAUUGGCUAGUGUGCUGGCGAGCAGCAUGGAGGAAGAUGAUAUGCUCCUCUAUGGCUCUUAUCCACGGUACAGCAGCAUUCUGCGCAAAUCCAAUGUUAUUGGCGAUGUCACACAGCUCGAGCGCAGUGCCCAAAUCAUCCCGAAGCCGGCGAUGAACGAGAACUGGGAUGAGGUGAUGAGCGCCUUCAUUAAAGCACAGGUCAACACUAAACAUUUGCUGACCGGUCGGGGUACCCCAUCGGUAUCCAUUUUGUGGGAAACGUGCAGCUACACGCUGCAGUCACUAGAAACCUAUUUGUAUGCCACCAAUAGGCCGCUCAAGGCUGAGAUGCCGAUGCGUCAUCAGGCCUGUACCAUUAAUUUGGUGCGUGCUAGCGCCCUCUUCGCCUCCAAUCUGUCGCAUGGCGAGAUUCGCGAGCAAGUGGAAGAUGGCGCCAAGCUGCUGGACACGCUCUUCAAUCAGAAGGGACCCUCUGUGCUCGAAUGGGACUGUUUUCCGAUGAUGGUGACCAUGAAUUUCAUGAUUCCCGGCUUAUUGAUUGCGGCAGAUACAAACAAAACUAUUAUACCCAGUGGCAGCAUGUUCGAUUUCUACACACUACAGACCUGCUUUAUGGCAAAUCUUACCAAAGCCACCAUUUGCUUUGACUAUAGCGCUGAAGCCGGUGCUCAGCAGGAGGAGGACGAUCCAAUGGCGGAGCAGCAACAUCAGCAACCGAGCAGCAAAAUGCUGCAGUAUGUGAAACAGUUGCCCAUUAAAAUCCAUGAUAACAUUAUCACCUUCUAUCGCAAGUAUAAUCUGCCGGCACGUAUUGCGCAGCACGAGGCGACUGAACGGCAACGCACGCAAGCAGAAUCCGAGGGCAAAAGUGAGGUGGAAAUGGAGCGUUUGCCCAACAUUGUGAUUCCCUGCGAACUGAAGCACAUUGCGCUGCUCUUCGAGUAUGUACAGAAACAGAUGUCCGCCUUUCUGCGCUGCUCUUGCCUCUUUUAUCGGUGCAUGACCGACAUUGACUUUCCCGACACGUUCCCCACCGAGGGAAAGGAUCGCUUUGAUCUAAUGUGCGCCUAUUUGGGACUUGAGCCGCAGCUGGGUGCCUACUUCGAUAUGGAGACCGUUUAUGCCACCAUGUUGGAUAAUUUUGCCUCACAUCCGGACAUUGUGAACAUUAAUUUUCCGCGGGACUGGCGACCGCAGCUUAAGGUGCACCCAUGCCUGCCACCGCUGCCGCAACUCGUCAAUCUGUACGAAGACUACAGUGAUCUCAUCAACAGCGUCUCGGACAUCUGCUGUCCCAACAAUGAGCGCGAGGAGAUGAAAACACCCACAAUGUGUCUAAUCUGUGGCAAAAUCCUGUGCGGUCAAUCAUAUUGCUGUCAGCCGGAGCUUGGAAAGAUGACAGUGGGCGCAUGCACCUAUCAUGCGCACUCCUGUGGCUCCGAGGUUGGCAUUUUCUUGCGCAUACGCGACUGCCAAGUCGUUUAUUUGGGUCGUGGGAAGGGCUGCUUUGUUCAACCGCCAUAUCUGGAUGAAUACGGCGAGACAGAUCAGGGGCUGAGACGCGGUAAUCCAUUGCGACUGUGCAAGGCUGCCUACAAGCGCAUCUACUUGCAAUGGCUGGGCCAUAAUCUACACGAGGAGAUCGCCCGGCUCAACGAAAAUGCGAAUGUCGCAGUAACACAAUGGCAUCACAUUUAGUCCGCAAUAUGUAACCACAAAUAUGAGGAGGAUGGCGAUGAUAAUGAUGGCGUUGAUGGCGAUGAUAGAGACGGCAGUUGCAGUCAAUGUGAUUAUUACUACAUACUAAAGUUAGGAGAGCAUAUUUAUACGUCUGGCAUUUUACUUCUAAUUCUGCGCCUUAACACACACACACACGCACCCACACCCACACACACACACCAUCCAUAUACAUAUAACAUACCAAAUCCAACUCUACUACAAUUAUGUACGUUGUUUUAUAUAUAUUUAUAUAUAUUUAUAUAUAUGUAUCAUCAGAAGGAAACUUGUUAAUAAUUUUUGAAGAGCGAACCGAUAGAACGGCCACAAACCGAAGACAAUGUGUGAGGAAGUAAACAGAAGAAUGGCCCCCUAGUUUAUAUGCAUAUAGUUUGUAGAUGGCACAACUUCGAAUAAACAUACAUGUAUGUGAUCCCGCAGACACCCAAUCCCGAACACGACCCAAACGAUGCACAAUCACAACACUCCCGAAUAUUUUUGUUCGUCCACACACCUUGUUAAAUAUUUUAUCUAUUAUGCUAAAUAUUAUUGUUUUUAAAGAAGCCGUUUUUACUUUACAAAUUUUGUUUUUGCGUUAAAUUAAAUGUAGGUGAAAUUUU